AUGGCUGCUAAAAGUGAUUUUCCUAAAGGCUUAUUUCCGACCGUGUCGAACUUAGCCACUGAUGCCGUUAUCACAGUUAACGCCACCUGUGGAGAGACUGGGCAAGAAAUUUACUGCAAACUUGUUGAACAUGUGUAUUUGACGGAUUUGGACCAGAAGGUAGUUUCUCCGAGGCAACAACAGUGUGGAGUUUGUGAUACCACCAGUUCUGACCCUGAUAAGCGACAUCCAAUUAUAAAUGCCAUAGAUGGAACCAAUAGCUGGUGGCAGAGCCCCACACUUCAAAAUGGAAAACAUUUUGAAUGGGUUACCAUUACACUUGAUCUGAAACAGACCUACCAGAUAGCUUACAUCAUCAUCAAAGCAGCAGUAUCUCCACGUCCUGGUAACUGGGUCCUUGAGAGAUCUCUUGAUGGUGUCAACUACAAGCCUUGGCAGUAUUAUGCCAUCAGUGAUGCCGAAUGUUGGGAAGUAUAUGGUAUUCGUCCAACAACUGGUGCACCUCGCUAUCGUACUGAUGAUGAAGUCAUCUGCACAUCUUAUUACUCAAAACUGAAUCCUUUAGAAAAUGGAGAGAUUCACACAUCCCUAGUUAAUGGAAGGCCAGGAGUUGAUGGUCCCAGCAAUUCUUUAAGAGAAUUUACCACUGCUCGUUUUGUUAGGCUUCGUCUUCAGAAAAUCCGUACCUUAAAUGCAGACUUAAUGUCGCUACAAACAGAUGAUCCCCAAAAGAUAGAUAAAUCUGUGACAAGACGAUAUUUCUAUUCCAUCAAAGACAUCUCCAUUGGUGGUCAAUGUUUAUGUUUUGGUCAUGCUGAGGAGUGUCCAGUGGACUCUAGCACUGGUGAGUUUCGCUGUGUGUGUAGACACAACACAUGUGGAGACAGGUGUGACAGCUGUUGUCCUUUUUACAACCAAGAACCAUGGAGAGCUGGCACGAAUAUAGAUGGAGCUGCUUGUGAAAAGUGUGAGUGCUUUGACCAUGCUAAUGAAUGCAUCUAUGAUGAAGAUGUUGCUGCUAGAAAUGGAAGUUUAAAUGCUAAAGGUCAAUAUGAAGGGGGUGGAGUUUGUGUAAACUGCAAGCACCAUACUUCUGGUGUGAAUUGUCAGUCGUGUGAAGAUGGUUAUUACCGACCAUCUGGUGUAUCAAGACGUGAUCAAAAUUCAUGUGUCAAAUGUGACUGCUCUGGACCUGGUACUACAGGAAAUUGUGUGAAGGAUGAUUCUCACGUUAAUGAAGGCUUAUUUCCUGGAGAUUGUGUAUGUGAAGAAGGCUACACUGGGAAAAAGUGUGAGAAAUGUGCUGCUGGUUACAGAAGUUAUCCUCAGUGUACACCUUGCCCAUGCUUGUUUGCAGGCACUAUCAGUGGAACUACUUGUGAAGGAGAAUGUACUUGUAAACUAAAUGUUGAAGGUCCUCGGUGUGAUCAGUGUAAACCCGGGCACUACAAUUUAGAUGAGAAAAAUCCUGAAGGUUGCUCACCUUGUUUUUGUUCGGGUGUUACAUACAACUGCGAGGAAAGUGACUGGGGCAUUAAAACUAUAAUAGAUACACAAGGUUGGUCAGUAUCAGACAUAAAAGGUACAGAAAGUUUUAAUGCCUUUCAAAGAAAUGGAAAAUUUUUUGUUGGUUCCGAUGAAGUGCAGAAUUUUGAUACUUAUUAUUGGAAAUCACCUCCAGCAUACCUGGGUAAAAAGCUGUAUUCGUAUGGGUCAGACUUGAUAUUUACUGUGAGCUACGUUGUUCCUCGUGGAGACACUUCUGGCUCGUACACUGGAGGACCAGAUGUCAUCCUUAAGGGUAAUGGCAUCCGUAUUGGAUCUGGCUGGGAGGUGCACAAGGAGGAGGAGAAUGUGACGUUAGCUGUUCCUCUACGUGAGCAGAAAUGGUACAAGUUGACUGAGGAUGGAAAACCUGACACCAAACCAGUCAACAGGGAGACUUUUAGUCUGAUUUUAAAUAACUUGGAACAACUUAUGAUUCGAGCUAAGUACCAUACAGAGCAGAUAGAAGGAAUUCAUUUACCUGGAAAGGAAUUCAUAAAUCUUCAUGAGACUAAGCUGGAGAUAGCAUCCCAGGAAGUGGAGAGCAUAAGAAAGAUGACUUCUGUAGAGAAAUGUAAAUGUCCACCAGGUUAUGCAGGCCUUUCUUGUGAGACUUGUUCUUCAGGCUAUCGACGUGUUGACAAUAUUCUCCUGAAAGGAACUUGUGAGAAAUGUAAUUGUUACAAUCAUGCAGAAAGCUGUGAUCCUGUAACAGGACAAUGUAUUACAUGUAUUGAUAACACAACUGGCCGUAAAUGUGGAAGAUGCAAGAAGGGUUUUUAUGGAAAUGCAAAAAUAGGGCUACCUGAUGACUGUAAACCUUGUGCAUGUCCCUUUGAGGAUGCUAAAAAUAAUUUGUCUCCUUGUGAGACUGUUAUAGAUCCUCAAGGUAGUAUAGACUAUGUAUGUGCCACUUGUCCUGAAGGCUAUGAAGGAAAGAAAUGUGAAAGGUGUGUUGAUGGAUUCUUUGGAAAUCCCCUUGUUCCUGGGAGUAUAUGCCAGCCCUGUGAUUGUAAUGGUAAUGUGGAGAGAAAACCUGGAUUCUGUGACCGCUUUACAGGACAAUGUCUGAAGUGUCUGUAUAACACACGUGGCUGGAAUUGUGAGGAAUGCUUAGAGGGGCAUUAUGGAGAUGCAUUUAAGCACAGUUGUAAACCAUGCGAGUGUCAUCCCUUUGGUUCUGAAAUACCAUUAUGUGAACCAAAAAAUGGUCAGUGUCGAUGUAAGGUGAACUUCAUUGGAAGACAGUGUGAUAGCUGUGUUGAAGGAUAUGGCAACAUGAAAGAAGGCUGUACACCCUGUCAUUGUAACAAAAUGGGCUCUAAAUCAGAUCAGUGUGAUUUUAUAACUGGUCAUUGUUAUUGCAAGCCAGGUGUCUUUGGAGUCCACUGUGAUAGGUGUUUAGAUGGAUAUUAUGGAUUCUCCAUAUCAGGCUGCAAAUGGUGUGGGUGUGACCCAAAUGGAUCAGAGAAUCCCCAAUGUGAAGAGAUUGAAGGAAACUGUCAGUGCAAACCCCAUGUUAUUGGUAGAACUUGUGACAAGUGCCAGCCUGGAUACUGGAACUUAAUCUCUGGUAAAGGAUGUGAGAAGUGUGACUGUCAUAGUACUGGCUCUACUUCUUCUGAUUGUAAUAUCACAACUGGGCAGUGUAGUUGUAAACCAGGAAUUGGUGGCAAAAAAUGUAACAGUUGUCUUCCUGGUUUCUAUGGAUUCACAUCUAGUGGAUGUACACAAUGUGAUCCAUGCUUUUUACCUGGACAUAUAUGUGACCCUCAAAAUGGGAGAUGCGUGUGUCCUCCUAACACUAUUGGUGACAAGUGUCAGUUCUGUGAUUCUGGUGCGUGGGGUUACAACCCUGUUUAUGGGUGCAAGCUAUGUAACUGUAGUGUCGAGGGGUCUGUUGUUCAAACUCCAGCUUGUGACAGAGCCACAGGGAAGUGUACGUGUCUGAAAGAAUACGAAGGCCGUCGCUGUGAUCGCUGCCGACAUAGCUACUACAACUUUCCUAGGUGCCGGCCCUGUGACUGUAAUGCUGAUGGAACUGUUUCCUCAGAAUGUACACCAGAUGGACUGUGUCAGUGUGAUGAGACUGGACAGUGUCCAUGCAGGGAUAAUGCUUUUGGAAGGAAGUGUGAUCGAUGUAAAAAUGGAACCUUUGGCUUAGAUCGAGAAAACCGGAAGGGAUGUCUCGAAUGUUUCUGUUUUGGACGAACCAAGAAGUGUAAGCAAGCAAAGGCUGCAUGGUCAGAGAUAAAGAUGAGUUCUCGGGAGGCAAUAUUAACACUGGGAAAUACCCAUCUAUCUAAGCUUCAAAAAUUCAACCUCAUCCCAAAUAAAGUGGGAGAUAUUACUGUAGGUGUGAAACAAAAUAUGGAGAAGCCACUCUACUGGUCUCUUCCUGACAAAUUCUUGGGAGACAAGGUGUUGGCUUACAAUGGUGAACUUGUGUUUGAAAUUGAAAGUCGAGGUCAGAGACGUUUCCCUGAUACUGUGUUAGAUGAGUACCCUCUGGUGGUAUUACAAGGGAAUAUUCGUCUUAUUUUGAAGCACACUCCUCUUUUGUUAAACCUGUCUGGUCAACAUACAGCCCAACUUCAUGAGGAUCAGUGGAAGCAAUUGGAUAAUUCUUAUUUACCAGUUACUCGAUCUAUGAUGAUGGUUGUACUUCAGAAACUUGAAGCUGUACUGAUCAGAGCUACUGAAGGACCUGAUGUUAAGUUAGCAAAGCUGCCACAGUGGAAUAUUAUGAGGUUGAACAAGGUAUUGAUGCAAGUGGCUUCACCUUUAUCUUCCCGAUCGGCAACUCCUUACAUUGCUGUUGGAGUUGAAGAUUGUAGAUGUCCUCCUCGAUACACAGGUUAUUCUUGUCAGGAUCCUGCUGAUGGUUUCUACAGAAAGAGAAAACCUAACUUUAUUGACAGUAAGGAUAUUCUGGACUUGGUGGGUUGGGCCGAACCAUGUGACUGUAAUAACAAAACGCCUCACUGUGAUAAAGAAACUGCAGUCUGUAUUAACUGCACAGGAAAUACGAUAGGUCCACACUGUGAAUUUUGUGCACCUGGAUACUAUGGAGACCCUGCAAAAGGCCCUUGUUAUCCUUGUGCUUGUCCUUUGUCAACUAAUAG